UAUACCAUUAGAGGAGUUAGAGUUGUGUAAGCAUGUAAGGUAACAGUAAAAUGCCAUUCUGUAUAAUUGAAUUUUGUGAAAGUGUUGUGAAUUUUAAGUUUGAUCUGAUUACACCAGCCGCUAUCUUGUACAUUUCCGGUACUUAUCUAACUUUAUCAUAACAACGUAUUAACACAGUAUCAUUCCCCCAAGUCAUAAAUGGUAAUCCAAUACAAAAUAUCAUUCGUCCCUGCUAUCUCUUGUUAAAGUAACAAUUCUAAAUUGCUUUAACUUCUGUUUGCACCACCGACUCCGGUUUCGAUGCAAAUGAAAUUCAAAUCAUGCCUAAACUAUGCAGACACGUUCCUCGAGGUGUAUGUAAAUACAUAUACUGGAAUAAAUAUACAUUCACAGUCUCUUUCUUUCCAUUUAGGUAAAUUAGAUCCCACGAUUUAUAGGUUCGAUUAAGAAAUUUCCCAUAAAAUCGUUCAGCGAUUGUCAGAAAGAUUGAGGGAAUUUGAGAAAAACUUGUUCCAUCGAAGGCAACGUAUGCAACGGGGUCAGUUUCAUCGCUAAAGCCUGCUCCAGGUUCUCCUGUGUCUCGGUUAGACUACCAUUGGCCAGUUCCAUCGGACUCCGUUGCACCGUCGCGUCGCGUCGCGUCGCGUCGCGUUGGCCAGGAGCGAGGCAGUCGGAGUCGGAGUCGGAGCACAGCAUCCAGCAGCAGCGCUACUAGCGGCAGCCAAACGGAAAGACUCCCAGGCAAGUCGUGGUUUGUUACCUGUGUAUCCCCGUGCGUGUGGACCAUGCGUGUGCUUCGGCUGCGUGGGUGUGCGCCGAGGUAGCUUACCUGGCGGCGUCCAACACGCAGUAAACCGCGCGCUGCUUCGUGUCCAUGGUCCAGAAAGAAGGGACGUGCGUCUGUCCCGAAGAUUUCUCUCCAGGAUUCCAUAAUACGUUCCGCGACCACAAGUGUUUCAAGAAUACGGUUAGAAAUUCGUGUGUAUCAGCCAACUAAAUACGUGCGGUUCACAACAGUGUGUCGCCAGUGCGAAUCCGUGUAUGUGUGCUUACGUGGGUGACUACGGGUGCUUUUCUGAUCCAGCUACGACCAACAGAGUCUCAAGGUUUAAGCUAAGGGCUCGAUGUAGCCGAUAUCGGUGUCGCGACGAAUGCUUCCGCCAGUGGUCGCUGGACAGGAUCAUACAUCUCGGACGGAGAUGUGACGGUGGACCACCGAAGGUGAAUAAACGGGAGAUCGGGAACUAUUCUCGGUCGACGUUACCCUGGUGUCAUCGGUAUGCCGACAGACAUCGUGGCAUCGUCGGCCUCGGCCUCGGCCACGAUCUCGGAAGAGACAAGCAGAGGUCGAGAGCUGGGCCUUGGGCCGUCGUCAAGGUCAGCUCCCUCUUCGGCAGGCGCAUCAUCCUCAGGAUCAGCGGCGCAGUCGACCGCCAGGGGUUUCGACCCGUCUAGCGCCCUGGCUGCUUAUCACCACCAUCGGCAUGGCCUGGUUGCAGGCCUGGGUCAUCCUCAUCAUCGUGAAUCGUCCGCGUUCGUGCCUGUCGUGCCUUCGCGGUUACAUCUGGCGCCCUAUCCAGGGGAGAUGCACCCUCACCUAACUGGACCACCACCUUCCUCAUCGACCGCGUCCAAUCCGGACCAUGAAGUAGGCGCAGAGACUUCUGUCGCCAGAAAAUCAUCGUCCAGUUAUGAAAUCAUGGCUAUGAUGGUUGAUAAGAGGAAGGAAUUGGCUGCAAGAGCUCUUCUUCUUCCUCCACCCCCUCUUUUGGAACCACCACCUGGGUACCCGGUUUUUGCUGGUCCUUUCCCUGGUGGUUCAGCCUUGUACCCUCCUGGUGGUCCUUUGGCGCAUCAGCAUUUGGAUAGGAGACUCCUCAGGGCGCCGGGGAGAGCUUCCAGACCUAAGAAACAGUUUAUUUGUAAAUUUUGUAAUCGACAAUUCACAAAGUCGUAUAAUUUGUUAAUUCACGAAAGGACCCAUACGGAUGAGAGACCAUACUCCUGCGAUAUUUGUGGCAAAGCCUUCAGAAGACAGGAUCAUCUGCGGGAUCAUAGGUACAUCCACAGCAAAGAGAAGCCCUUUAAAUGCGGCGAGUGCGGUAAAGGGUUCUGCCAGAGCCGCACCCUAGCCGUGCACAAGAUCCUGCACAUGGAAGAGUCUCCACACAAGUGUCCAGUGUGUGCUCGUAGUUUCAAUCAGCGCAGUAACCUGAAAACCCACCUCCUCACCCACACGGACCACAAGCCGUACGAGUGUACCUCUUGCGGCAAGGUGUUCCGCAGGAAUUGCGACCUCAGGAGGCACGCUUUAACCCAUGCAGUGGGCGACGUGCCACCCGAGGCCCUCGAGGAAGCACUCAGGGACGACGAUAGUCCCGAAGAGGAUUGUCCAGAAGCUGGAUCCUCGUCUUCCACAUCGGUAUCCACGAAUUCCUCUCUACCAAACGCCUCUGCGAACGCCUCUUAUCCUCAAGGAUCAUCAGGACCACCGCAACCCCCUCCAGCUCCAGCUUCUUCCUCGUCUCUUCCUCAGAGACCUCAACUGCAGAUCAGAAGAGAUCUACUUCCGACUGUGAAGCCGUCUACAGUGACUAGUGGAGGGACUGGUAGCCAUUCGGUCACUCAAAAUCCUCCAGCACCACUCCCUCCACCUCCGCCAUUAAUCCUGUCCUCGUACAGGCGAAGGAUUGGAUCACCAGGACCGUCUAGAAUGCUUUUGGAACUCCAGGAACGUGAGAGAGAAAGAGAACGAGAAAUGGAGCAGAACAGGGAUAGGGAAAGAGAUAGGGAACGAGAAGAAGAAGUGGUACGACCUCCUAGAGCACCUACUCCACAGCCUCCACCGCCUCCUAGACCCGCACCUGCCAGACAAGGAUUCACUAUAGCGGACAUAAUGCGCCGGUAAAAAGUGAAGCAUGCCAAAUGAUGCUUGCUGUGAAAUUGAAGCAGAUACAGAACUUUGUUGAAUGUUCGAAGGUGGUGUCUUUGCUUUUUAUUCAAUUACUUUAGAAAAGUACAGUAUGGGGCUUCUUUAACGCGAAGAUGGAUAUAUAGGAUAAGGAGGACCUACCCACUUGUUAUAAUACUUGAAAAGUACCACGCAUUGUAAAUAAACUCUACAUGUAAAAUUGUUAAAGAUUUGAAAAGUGAUAGUUCUUAAAGUUUUAACUUGGAAGUUAUUAAUAUUAGCCCCCUUCCCUAAGUUAUCGUUUUCCUUAGAGAAGUCACCCAUGCUCAGAACUGUACAUUUGCUUGAAGGUGGAACAGGCCAAAUGAUAAGAACCGUCGCAUAUCGGUAAAAAUACUGUCACGGUAUUUUAUCGAUUUUGGUACACAAUAUUUUUGUCAAAGAUGCAACUGAAUAUUGUUAAUAACCGUUUUGCUUUUGCAAAGAAUACUUAUAAACUGUAUUGUGUCUUUUAUAAAGAAUUCAGGACUUUGUUUUAUUUGUUCAAGUAUCUUCUUGAAAACGAACAAAUAAAAGAUGAACUUAGGCUCAAAUAUUGACAAUACUAUAAAUAUUUAGUAUAAAAAAAUAUAUUAUUUCAUAUCUUUUAUACCUAAAAUUAUAUCUAAUAAUAAUGUUGUCUUUAUCAUUGUUGAAAAAAUCGAAUUAAUGCCCUUUGUAUAUAUCAUAAAUAAAAAAUUGUAUAUAUACAUACAUUCAAUGGUAUACUGAAUUAUUGAUUUGCCAGAAAAAAAUUAAAUCACGAGAACUUUACUAUUUAGUAAUGUUUAAUACAACUGAAAAUAAAUUUGAAACUUUUGAAGAGUCAAUUUAUUUUUAUUGUGAUUUCAAUGUGAGAUCUUUAAAUCGUGACAAUAUUUUUGCUGUCAUGUGAUACGAUUUAAGUCCUGUUUGCAAACAAAACAAAGUCUUAUGAAUAGUUAUACAUAUUGAAUAAGAGAAAGGUGAAGAAGAAAAGAAGAAUUUUGAAGAGUACAACAUGAAAAGGUUGAAAGCGUUAACUUUGACAAAAAAUUUAUUACAUUAGUGUAUUAAGAGAACAAUUGUAUAUAAAAAAAAGAAAAUUAAUUGAAAUUCAGUUAAUAGUGCAAUGCUGAAUUUUAUUUUACAUCUUGUAUAUGAAUGAAAAUCUCGUACUUUUACAUUUACCACUUUAGGUUAAUUGUAAAUCGAACAAAAAUCUAUUUAACAUGCUCCAUACCUAUGGUUAUUAUGCGUUUAUUUCAAUUUUCGUUUAGUUUCAUUUAAAAUUCGUUCACAAUUUAAAUCUUGAUGCUAAAUUAAAAUUAUAUUUCUAAUGAGCUACGUAGUUUGAAAUCUGUUAAUUAUUAACGUAACGUCAAGUGAAAGCAAUUGAACGCUUUUGUUAAAUUACAGUUGAAAUAACAUUAACCCCUUGUCAUGUUUCCUUUGUAUUAAUUAUUAAAAUAUUGUAUAUAAUUCUUCUUUGACACUUUUAUAAUACAUUGUAUAGCUGCAAUUAAAAUUGAUAUUCAAAAUUUUUAUUUACAAACUUCUUCAUAUUGUAACGUUAGAAGCUAAAGGGUUAAUGUUCUCUGUAACUGCAAUCUUAUCUAUAAGGAUGUGUAUACCAUAAUGAUGUGUAAAGUUGAAUGUUUGUCCUAAAUUAUUCAGGGUAUUUCAUCAGAAGGGUUAUAUAUUUUUAACGCACCUGUUGAAGUAGGAACAAUUCUGGCAAACAUGAAUUUUAUAGUUUCACAAAUGAUUUUAUUUAAUUUACCAAAUACUACUUGCUCCACGAUAUAGUAACCCUUCUUCUAAAGCACCCUGUACUAUUAUACAAGAAAAAGAAAUAGAAUGUUGAAAACGUGCCUUAAUACUAGCGACAAGAAACAACUAUUUACAAAAGAUGGACCGAAAAAUUUUCCAUGUGAAAAAAAAGGAGGGUGCCAUUGUCCAAAUGGAUAAAAGGAGGGGAUAAUGCAAAUUCCUUGGCCACAGGAACAACCUGUGCCACCGUUGCCACAGGUAACAGGUGCAAUAAGUGUCGAAGCUACUUCGUUUCGGUGGUACCUGCCCCCUUCUAAAAAUAUUUCUGACCCUAGACAAGCACCAUCCUCUUUUUUCUCCUAUUCUAUUGAAGAGGAUCAUUAGGGGUCCUUUGUAAACCUGCCUUGCACCGUCCAACCGCAGGUUUUUCUUACGCAGGUUUUGAUCCCCUCGGUUUUACUACCGGUCGAAACGAGCUUUCUUUUCGAAUGGAACUGAAGAGAACGAGGGAGAACGUCUGUGAAAUUUUCUUCCAUCUCGCUUCUUUAAUUUCAUAUUGAUCAAAGUUGAACCCUUUAAGUGAAGCCAUAUUUUUUCUGAAGAGAAUUCUUCAUUUCCUUUUUAUUUAGUUAUUUACUAUACUGAAAGCAACAUUUUAUUAGAUGAUUAUGUAAACCAAUCAAAGGGUUAAUUAGCUAACACAAUUAUUUAUGAAUAAGCUGAUGAUGUGACGAUAUGAGAUGUUUUCGAAACGUUUAGGGCUCAACGAACGAAACGUGAUCAAUGAGAAUGAAGCAAGAAUUACAUUGUAGUCUGAAAUUUUAUUUUCAGAUAUACACAUUAAAAUAGGAAUGAAAUUCUCUCUUAUAUGUAUGUAUGCGUGCGUGUGUGUGGGUAGAGAAACAAUGAGAGAGUGAGAAAGAGGGAAUCAUGAUACUUUGUACUGUUUUUAAACAUACCUAAUGUAUAGUGAUAUAUGGAAAUGUAUGUACAAUGUACUAUGUACAACGAGUACCGGUCACAAAAUGAAAUAGAAUGUUCGUGACCGACUCAAAUGUCCUGUUAUUUUCUAUGUUAUUAGUUUACAUCUUGCACCAAUAUCUAUAUUUUUAGAUUUAUACGAGAGUUAAGCAUGUUUGUAAAUUAUAUUAAGAACUACGAAAUAAAAAAUA